UCGAAGUAUCGAAUAAAUCAAUCGAUUUUUUAAGAAAAUUUAAGUUGGCAACUUUCUCGAUCUUUUCCGGCUCUCUGUGUUACUGAAAGCCUCAACAUGAAGCAAAUCGUUGCUAACCAAAAAGUGAAAAUCCCUGAGGGGUUGACUGUUCAUGUGAAAUCAAGACUAGUGACAGUGAAAGGUCCUCGUGGAACACUGAAAAGAAACUUCAAACAUUUAGCUGUUGACAUUCGCAUGGUGAACCCUCGGUUGUUAAAGGUAGAAAAAUGGUUUGGAUCAAAGAAAGAGCUUGCUGCUGUAAGAACUGUAUGUUCCCACGUUGAGAACAUGAUCAAAGGUGUCACUAAGGGAUUCCAGUACAAAAUGCGUGCUGUAUAUGCCCAUUUCCCCAUCAACUGUGUGACAACAGAAGGAAAUUCAAUUAUUGAAAUCCGUAACUUCCUUGGAGAGAAAUACAUCAGAAGGGUAAAGAUGGCACCCGGUGUUACAGUUGUUAAUUCUCCCAAGCAAAAGGACGAGCUUAUCAUCGAAGGUAACUCACUUGAAGAUGUUUCAAGCUCAGCUGCUCUUAUCCAACAGUCAACAACUGUUAAGAAUAAGGAUAUCAGAAAAUUCUUGGACGGUCUUUAUGUGUCUGAGAAGACUACUGUUGUACUGGAUGAGAUAUAAGAUCAUUAAAGAUAUAAGAUGAA